AUGGCUGUUUUUGGAAGCGGUAAACAAGUACGAGUGAGGAAGUUUUGCACAAGUCCCGGAUCAACACUUUACCAUUAUCUGCUGCUUUUCCCAGGAGCAAGCUUUUGUCAAAAUACGAACAUCGCGACAACAACACUUCGACCAGAGUGGUCCUACGAUGCCCCACCGGCUCCACCGCCUUUAGUGGCUCCAUCGCUUCUUUGCGUGUGCACCACUUCACUUUGCAAUGCAGGGCAUUACACAAGGGUUGUUGAAAAUACCAUGCUAAAUUACUUACCAAAGCAGUUGCUACCACCUCGCGAAGACAAGAAGGUUGCAAUAAAUUCAGUUCGGGAUCAUCCUGAGUUCGAUCUCGCAAAACAGCUUGCCGAUGCCGGGUUUUAG